CCGGCGUCGCGACCCGGAAGUUCGGACUCCGGGUUGGUGAACAGCGGUGGCCAUUGCCGGGCUGCGGCCGGAGCAGAAGUUGGAGAUGGCGGCGGCAGAGGCAGUGCACCACAUCCACCUUCAGAACUUUUCCCGCUCCCUGCUUGAGACCCUCAAUGGACAGAGGCUGGGGGGGCACUUUUGUGAUGUGACUGUGCGCAUUCGCGAGGCCUCACUGCGUGCGCACCGAUGCGUGCUGGCUGCGGGUUCACCUUUCUUCCAGGACAAGCUGCUGCUUGGCCACUCCGAGAUCCGUGUGCCCCCAGUGGUGCCAGCACAGACGGUCCGCCAGCUUGUAGAGUUCCUCUAUAGCGGUUCACUGGUGGUAGCUCAGGGCGAAGCGCUGCAGGUGCUCACUGCAGCAUCGGUGCUCCGCAUCCAGACGGUCAUCGAUGAGUGCACCCAGAUAAUUGCCCGAGCACGUGCCCCGGGCACCCCAGCAGCAGUGGCCCUGCCUACACCGGUGCCCCCGCCACUUGCGCCUGCACAGCUGCGCCACCGCCUGCGCCACUUGCUAGCUGCACGACCUCCCGGGCACCUGGGUACUGCGCACAGCCGCAAGCAGCGCCAGCCUGCACGCCUGCAGCUGCCUGCACCCCAGGCACCUAGCAAGGCCGAGGGGCCAGAUACACAGCCAGCAUUGCCCACAGCCCCUGACGACAGAGGUGAGGACGACGAGGAGGAGACUGAUGAGGAGACUGAGUGUGAAGAGGGUGAAACUGGUGGCCUAGGGGAGAGCCAGGCACCGCCUUCCUUUCCUGACUGUGCUACAGGCUUCCUCACCACUGCCCCUGACAGCCUUCGCGACGAUCGCCCUGGGCCUCCUGGCCUAGCAGACUAUGGCGGUACUGGAAGAGAUUUCCUUCCAGGGGCUACAGUGGCUGAGGACACAUUCCCAGACCCCUACAUGUCUGCUUGGCACGAGGAGGAUGGCACUGCAGCAGAAGGCUGUUCCUCGGAGACCCCUGUUCCGCCCGAUUGCGCCCUAGCAGGGUCCCGGGCACCAGGCGUGAAGACCUCAGAGCCCACUGUUGCACUCUUCCCUUUUCACCUGGGGGCCCCCGGGCCACCUGGGCCACCCCCUUCCACGCAGCCAAGCCCAGCUCCUGUGCCCUCAUCAGCCUUCUACCCUGGGCUCCAGCCGGAUGCAGUUCCCAGCACUCAGCUUGGGGAAGCGCCAGUCCCACCUGUGGCUCCUGGCACAGCCUCCUCAGCCACACCUGUCCGUGCACCAGGUGCUGAGCAGUCAGCCUACGAAUGUAGCCAUUGCCGAAAGACAUUCAGCUCUCGGAAAAACUACACCAAGCACAUGUUCAUCCAUUCGGGGGAGAAGCCACACCAGUGUGCAGUUUGCUGGCGAUCCUUCUCGUUGCGCGACUACCUGCUCAAGCACAUGGUCACACACACCGGUGUGCGUGCCUUUCAGUGCGCAGUCUGUGCCAAGCGAUUCACCCAAAAGAGUUCACUCAAUGUACACAUGCGUACCCACCGGCCUGAGCGAGCACCCUGUCCAGCCUGCGGCAAGGUCUUCUCACACCGAGCGCUGCUGGAGCGCCACCUGGCGGCACACCCUGCACCCUGAUGGGGAGUCUCACAGGAGAAUCGAACAAGGGGCAAUGGCCACACUUGCCACAGCACCAUGACCACAUUUUGGCCAACAGGCUGGGACCAGUCCUUCCUCUGCACGAACCCGGGGUCCAGCCCAGCCUACUCCUUUUCUGCCCAUACUCUCCUCCUGCCUUUUCUCUUUCCACACCCACUUUUGAUCCUCUGAGUAGGAAAGCAGGUAGGGGAUGCUGAGGAACUAGACAAUUUCCAGACUAAGCUGAGCACCCAAGACCUCGGCAGCUGAGGAAUCAUGUGUCUGACACCAGUUUGCAACCCUUCCCCUACCAAGGUGAGGCCAGACCAUCCUCUAGCCCAAUGUUAGGCUGGGCUAGGCCUUUUACUCCCCACCCAUAGUUCCCCUUCCCUUACCAGAUACCUAAGGAGGGUCAGGUGGACCCACCAAGGGAAUGAGCCCAACCUUGGGACCCUACUCUAAUAAAAGGACAUUUGGCCAGUG